AUGGCUACCUGGGCAUACCCGCAACUCCCACCUGAUCAACUCAAAAAAGAGGAGGAUGUUUCAUUGGCCCGAGAGUUGAAAUGGCUUCUGGGCUCCCUGCAAGAAUCCUUGGCGUCUUUGCGGGAAGGCCUUCAGGAGUGUGCUGCUCUUUUAGCACCUUCAAAACCAGGCUCCACACUAGUUCUAUCUUCGCUACGGUCUGAAAAUGUGAAGGGAUUUGUAACGAGGGUCGGAACCAAAAUUAUAAAAGGGGAUAUUCAAUUGCGUUUACAAUCAUUAACCCCUCCCAAGGGUUCUAAUUCCACGAGAUUAACGAUUUCUAAUGAAUCUACUGGGUCGGAGAUAGCCCUUCGUCAGCUCGUGAUCGUGCGGCGCCUAAUUAACGAGAGCCUCGAUGUAAUAGACGUCAGCACAUGGACUGGUGAUCCUAUGAAUGCGAGCUUCAUAGCAGGACAGUUGCGGUUGCUAUAUGAUAAUCUCAGCGAGGCUCGGUUGACAUUGAAAGGAGAAGGCGAAGAGUCGAAAAAGCCAUGGUACGAAGAUAGUGUGGAUGAGAAUUCAUUUAACCCGCCGCUCCCGCCAUAUAUGUCUUUUCAUCUUUCUGUAUCUGAAGCCGCUCUGGUUCUAAAUCUACGAACUCUCGAGCCCGUGUCGCCUGAUAGCACGCCUACAACAUCCUUUGCACCUGAAAUAUCACUCAGCGGCUUCUCACUGCGUGACCGUCUCUUUGGGUCACGACAUCCCGUCCAUGACGAGUCUGGAGACGUAUUCAGUUGGAAAGGAGAGGAGGUUAAAGUCAAGGAGAAAGCUAGAGUUGAGAGCCAGGACCCGAGCCUGCUGUCGGCCAUGGCGAAGCUGACGGCUCUGGAACAUGAAGUUUCGAGGUGGAAAUCAGCUUUAGCAGUUGUCAUGGAGGAAGACGACACGGAUAAUGAUUGA